CCAAGUUUAGAUAACUGAGAGAACAAUGCAGCAAUUCGUCAUAUCCCUUCUGCUCCUGAUUUCCACAGUUUGCGCUGCUAUGGCGGAUAGUCCUCCGGUUGAUGGCGUGCCGGCUAACUGCCUCAAUAAAAACUUCAACGUCGAUCCAUUCGAGUGCUGCAAAACGCCAAAGCUCCUGGAUGAGAAUGUAGUCAAAGAAUGCGUCAAAUUAUUCCCUUCACCGCAAAAUGCUCAGGACGAACUAAAACCCGAUUGCAUGUCGGAGUGUGUGAUGAACAGCACGAGGAUCUUCGAUCGACGACAGAACGUGAACGAUGCCAAAGCAAUGGAGACCUUCCUUGAGAAAAUAAACGUCAACUCGAUCUGGGCGGAUAUCUCGGAAAAGGCCGUCAAACAGUGCCUGGAUGAUGCCGACAACCGUAAGGCAGAGUUUACAAAGGAAAUGAAUAGCUUGCAACAGAAGUUUCCUAAAGAGCGAAUCUGCUCACCAUCAGCCGGAUUUAUCAUGGAAUGCGUCCAUGUUUUGGUUUACAAGAACUGUCCGGCAUCAAUUUUCAAGGAUAACUUGGCUGGUUGCCCUGCCAUCAAAAAGCACCUGAAUGUGGAUAAUUGCCCAUUCUAUACGAUAUUCCCGGAGAAAAAGGAUACCAAGACGAAGAAGCGUAAUUAGAUUAAGUUCUAUUAUGAUUGUUAAGCUAUAUUGGUGGUGGGACUCAAUGUUAAUAAUUCCAAAGCGCAUGCCUUUAUAAUAAACAUAGACAAAACAAGCCAA